AAUCCAUUGACCAUCGCUUCAAUCCAUUCAUCUGGACAUCACUUUCGUUGGUCCCACACUAUCACCCCAUAACACAUCCAAUGCGUCCCCUCACUGACGACGAGACGGUUGUCCUCUUCGAGAAACUCACCAAAUAUAUUGGUGAUAAUGUCCGGCUGUUGAUCACCAGACCUGAUGGCGUCUACUGUUUCCGUCUGCACAGCGAUCGUGUCUUCUACUGCUCGGAGAAUAUGAUUAAAUUGGCGUCAAAUAUAAGCCGCGAUAAUCUCAUCUCUUUCGGCACGUGUUUCGGCAAAUUCACGAAAAGCAAGAAAUUUCGGUUACAUAUGACUGCUCUCGACUUCUUAGCGCCGUAUGCGAAGCACAAAGUAUGGCUCAAACCCAAUGCCGAACAACAGUUUCUUUACGGCAAUCAUGUGCUGAAGUCAGGGUUGGGGCGCAUCACGGAAGGCACCCCUCAAUAUCAGGGCGUUAUUGUCUACUCCAUGAAUGAUCUGCCGCUGGGUUUCGGCGCCACCGCUAAGUCGGCCCUCGACUGUCGCAACGCCGACCCCAUGACUAUCGUUAUGUUCCAUCAGUCAGACAUUGGGGAGUACCUGAGGAAUGAAGACAAUCUCGUAUGAGUUGUCAUUCACACCCUCUCAUCAAUACAUGUCUUAAUUGUUUAUAUUUUGUUAUCAAUUAAAUCAAUAAAUUUAAGAUUAUUUA